UGAAAAUAAAAUAAAUGCCCAAGAUCAACAAUUUCUUUAAGAACAAAAAGAAGGGGACUACUCCGAAGAAAACUAAAGCUAGUGCUUCAAAGGCAACCAAACAGAUGACUUUAACAGGAAGUUCCUCUAAGACAAAAAGGGCUCCCAAGAAGCUAUUUGGUGAGGACUCAGCUCAGGCUUUAAUACAAUUUGAUGGGAACCAGAAGUAUGGACCUGCAGUUGGGAUUCCAAGAAUUGUGAGGUGGGAAAGAGCAAAGAACUUUAAUUUAAGCCCUCCCAUUGAUAUCUUCAAUAUCUUGAAGGAUUCCUCCGAAGAUCUCCAGUUCAGUGUCUUUGAUGUAUAGUUUUCAACAAUUUUAUCUUUAAUUGCUGCUGAGAAUUUUAAUCAAUUGAUAAUAUUUACAAUCAAGUUUGUUUUUUCGAUCCCAUAAGUAUUUGGGUAACUCUGAUCAUUUUAAUCUAUCAGAUGUUGAGGAUACUGUAUGAAUUCAUCUUAAAAUAUGAUACCAGGAAAAGAACUGAAAUAAAUAGAAUUUAUUAGGCUCCUUUU